AUGCGUGCGGCUGUCCUCUUCGUGCUCGCCCUCGUCUCGCGGCCGUGCGAUGGGGCGAGCGCGCGUGGGGUGACGUCUCGGUUCGAACGACCGCCCGCGUCGAGAGAUUACUACGCCUCGCUCGACUCCGUGCGCUCAGGACGAGCGUUGACGGAGACGACGAGGUCUUCGCGCGCGCACUUGACGCCGAUCGGACGAGGCGCGGUGGCGGUGACGUGGACGACGCGGGAGGCGCUUACGAGCGGGACGGAGCUGGAGUUCGCGGAUGCCGGCGGACGGAAGCGACGGGCGGCGAUCAAGAGCGCGUCGUGGACGGAGCAGCUGUGUUUAGGGAGUCCGAAUGGGUUCAAUCCAAAGAUGGGUCCAAAGCCGGCGAUCGACGCGGAGGCGUUGGCGACGAUCGCGAACACGAGCUCGUGGGCGGACGCGGACGCGAGCAACUACCGAGUGAUUGGUUCGUUCGAGGACGUCGUUCCGAGCGCGUUCUGGUCGAGUGCGCCGUGGGAUAAGUCGGCGUGCUUAGAUUAUAGCAACCCGGACGCGAUGUAUCAAUCGCCGAUCGUGCACACGGCGGUGCUCACGGGACUCAAGGCGGACGAGCGGUACUCAUACUCCACGCCAGGCGGAGUCGGUACGAAACGGACGUUCAAGGCGCCCAAAGCGCCUAAGCGGGGCGGGCGGGAAACGACGAAGAUCGCGGUCGUUGGUGACACCGGUCAGACGGAGGUCACUCGGGAGGUGCUAACGCACGUGAAGGAGCAGUUGGGAGACUCAGAGGUGCUCGUGCACACAGGGGACCUCUCCUACGCCGACGGUUUUGCGCCGAGAUGGGAUAGCUUCGAAGCGAUGAGCGAGUUUGUUUUGAGCGAAAUGCCCAUGUUAACGGUUCCAGGGAACCACGACGUGGCUCAGAACGGGAUGGAGCUCGUGUCAUACUUGUCGCGGUAUCCAUCUCCGUACGUGGCGUCGAAGAGUCCGUCGCAACUGUUUUGGUCCUACGAAGUCGGACAGGCGCACAUAAUCGGGUUAAACAGCUACGCGAACACGGAAGUUGGAAUUUUUGACGGUGCAGACUCGCCCCAAAUCGCCUGGCUGAAGCAAGAUUUGGCAGCGAUAAAUCGUGAGUACACGCCGUGGGUGAUUGUCGUGUUCCACGUUCCUUGGUACAACUCCAAUCAUGCACACUUCAAGGAGGCUGAGCGCAUGCGAAAAGCUCUCGAACGCAUUCUUUUUGACGCAGGUGUUGACUUAAUAUUGAACGGUCACGUCCACUCGUAUGAGCGAUCGCAUCCGGUGCUCAACUACGACACACAACAAUGCGGUCCAGUUCACAUCGUUGUCGGCGACGGCGGUAACUACGAAGGUCCAUACGGUCACGGUUGGAUCGAGCCGCAGCCGUCGUACAGCGCAUUCAGAGAAGGCUCGUUUGGUGCCGGCUCUUUAGUCAUUCACGACGAGACUCGUGCGACGUGGGAGUGGCGUCGGACGACGUGCGUGGAGAACACCACGAGCAAUGAGUCAUACUUCGUCAAGACAGGAAACGCACAAACUUGUCGCUCCAUCCCGGACAUCUCCGCCCAAGCCAUGGAGCCCGUGGACUCGAUCGAAUUACGACGCGACACCGGCGCCUGUCCGAACAAAAUGGUGGGCUCCGCGGCGAGGUCGAGCGCCAGCGAGUCUCCGUACACGCCGAGAGCAGCUAGCACGGCUUCGCUGUACAGCGCCAUCGUCUUACUCAUCAUUCUCUGGGUCGCCACGACCGUGGCGCUCGUUAGAUCGCUUAAAAUGAUUCGUGACAUGAAAGCUCGAAUGUAUCGCUCGCCUGCGUUGCUCUCAGAGGGCGAAUUUGACGACCAAUUUGAGGCAAGCGAUGAUAGCGCGAUUGCACUGAAAAAUUUCGCUCGAAGUGAAAAUCUGAACAUUUAA